AUGUUGAGAAAUUUUAUGCGUAGCAGCCGUGUUUUGGCUAGAACUCCAGUCGUCACCAGAGCAUGGACCCCAGUUAGAUUCUAUGCUGCUCCUCCAAUCUCAAAGGAUGAGGUUACCAACCGUGCCUUUGAAGCGUUGAAGACCGUCGCUGCCUUGCAAGAGUCUAAACUUGACUUGAAUGCUUCUUUCCAAAAGGACUUGGGCUUGGACUCCUUGGACACCGUAGAAGCUCUUGUUGCUUUAGAGGAGGAGUUUGAUUUGGAAAUCCCUGACAAGAUCUCUGACGAGAUUAAGACCGUUGGAGAGGCCAUCGACUACAUCUACGAAGAGGAGAGAAAGUUAUAA